CUACACUAUAUAAAUACAGUAGGUUAUGGUAAAUGCAUGGAUUAAUAUUUUGAAAAUUAUUUUAAAAAGCCAAUGUUUGUUUAGAUUUAUAAAAUUAUUUUUAUAAAUUUUUAUUUUUGUAUUUGCUACACAUUAUUAACAUGGACAAUUUGAAUAGUCUACUCAAAACUGACGAGGCGGGUGAUUACGGCGAAGCCGUAACUUACGAGGACUUACACCUACUAGUGGUCGACCGGUUAACCCCUGUACGUGACCUAAUGCUUACUGCCAGUGCCCAGUAUAAAACCCAGGGCCUAACAGUCCCCAUCAUACUUUACGAGGAUGUUAUCCGGUUUGCUACCGAAAAGUUACCUUGGUGCGGUCAACAGCUCAAGGCUAUUGAAAAUAAUGACAUACGCCAUGCCCUAGUGUCCCUGUUCAUCGGCGAGAUUAACGGUUUUAAUUAUAUGGCCAACCGAUUGGCUCGGAUUAGGGCCGGUAGGGAACUAGUGGUUACGGGCAGUGAAGGGGAACUGAUGGUCAGGUUGAGGGCGUUGGAGGAGAAGAUAUUUUUGCUGUUGGAUCACGUGAUUAGUCACGCGAGACACCCGUUUUGGCAUGAUUUUCAUACCCAGAUUAAAACGUUCCUGGCUGAUGAAUUUCCUAAACUGUACAAGACAAUCUCGGACGUGGCUACAAGCGAACUUAGAGAGAAAAAUAUCCAGCUAUUAAUUAUGGAUUUGACACAUUUUAGGUGA